AUGGAUGGUAUGCUUGUGGUCGCAUUUGGGAGGCAAAUGUCGCGUCCAUUAGCACGGAAAAUUAUAGCUUAUGCAAUUAAGCAUCCAUAUCUUAGGAAUAGCAUUCUUGUUCCAGUGGGUAGAAGUUUACAUGCCAUUUCGUUUCGUUUGCGGAUCAAAAGCAUAGGCCUUGCUGUUCCAUCUAAAACACCAACUGUAACCGAACAGCAGGCAAUCGAAAUGGCUAGCGAAACACUUGUAGAAGCACUUAUUUACCUGUUAACUGUAUUAUUGAUAUAUGCAAUCUACCGAUCAAAUCCGGAAAAAGCUAAGGCCAGCGAUGUAGAAAAAUACAUUAAAGAAAAUGAAGAGAGAAUAGUAAAAGUUGAAGAGAAGCUCAAGGAACAAGAUGAAUUGACGAUGAAGAUUGUGAAGAUUAUCCGUGAAAAGAAUCUGGAUGAAAAGAAUAUGUUGGCAGACAAAGGCCAUAAAGGUCAACUUCUGUCUUUUAUUGGUGACAAAAUGAAGACAUUGAUACCUGGGCAAGAUAAAACAUCUCGUUAG